AUGGAAGCUGAGGCGACGGGCGCCGUCGGUCUGGCCGCGCUCGACCCGGACAGCCCGGUUCUGGUGCUGGCCCAGCUCAGCGACUCGUACACGUACUCGCGGGUCAUCGCCAAGAUUCAGGUGCUCAACCCGUGUCAGAUCCUGCUGCCCGGCACGUUCUGCGAGCCGAGCCAGCCGCUGUACCGGCUGCUGUGCGAGCAGUUCGGCGACUCGGAGGCCGGCCUGGAGCGGGUGGCCGCGCUCUGCCUGCCCUCUCUGGCCAGCGCCAUCGCCGCCCUGCACAACAUGUACUACUGCGCCACGGCGGCGUCGGCGCUGCUCGUCUUCAUGGAGUCCGUCAAGUGUGUCGUGUUCCGGCCGCACACGCUGAUGGUGCAGUUCCAGGCGGCCGAAGCCACCGUCAUGAUGAUCAUCACCAUCAGCCUGUUAGCCAUCAUCAUCAGCCCGUCAGCCAUCACCAUCAGCCUGACCCGUCAGGACUGUGUGCAGGAGCUGGUGGACAACCCUGACCUGCUGUACCGGCUCCGCGCUGUCGGCGGCCGUCUGUUUGUUCUGCCACGUGAUCCCUCGGCGCCGCGCGGCAGGACUCGUCAGGACUGUGUGCAGGAGCUGGUGGACAACCCUGACCUGCUGUACCGGCUCCGCGCCGUCGUCGGCCGUCUGUUCUGCCACGUGAUCCUUCGGACUCGUCAGGACUGUGUGCAGGAGCUGGUGGACAACCCUGACCUGCUGUACCGGCUCCGCGCUGUCGGCGGCCGUCUGUUUGUUCUGCCACGUGAUCCCUCGGCGCCGCGCGGCAGGACUCGUCAGGACUGUGUGCAGGAGCUGGUGGACAACCCUGACCUGCUGUACCGGCUCCGCGCCGUCGUCGGACGCUUCCGUGACGUGGAGAAGAUACACUCGUUUUGCAUACAGCAGCACGACUGGGACACGCAGCGGAACGUGGAGCAGCGGCUGAACAACAUCAUCUCGCUGAAGGCCUCACUAGAGUUCGUGGAGGCGCUGCGGGAGUCUCUCGAGCCGGCCCUACAUCCGUUCCUGGUGUCCAUGAGGAAGUGCCUGCAGGAGCCGGUGGUGGAGUCCCUGCUGCUGCGACUGCGGGCAGUCAUCCACGACGACGUGCAGCCCGGCAGGGGCGGCAUCGAGCAGCGCGUGCAGCGCUGUUACGCCAUCAAGCCGGGCAUCAACGGCAUGCUGGACCUGGCGCGCCGGCUUUACUCGGAGGCAUACGACGAGUUCAUCAGCUACGUGGCGCAGCUGGGAGAACACCACCGGCUGGUGCUGAAGCCGGGCUACAACACCACGCGCGGCUUCCACGCCGUAGCCUGCUGCAGCAAGGCGAGCCGGCCGCCGCAGCUGCCCGACGAGUUCAUACAGGUGCAGCAGAACAAGUCGAGCGUCACGUUCACCACGGAGGUGAUCGUGCAGAUGAACACGCGCGCCGACGCCUCCGUGCUGGAGAUCUGCCAGCUGAGCAGCAUCGUGGUCUGCGAGCUGCUUAACGAGCUGCAACCGGACCUGUGCUUCCUCUACCAGCUGACGGAGGUGGUGUCGACUACGGACCUGCUGGUGGGCUUGGCCGACCUGGCUGUCAGCCUCGACCUGCGGCGCCCCGAGUUCGGCAGCCGUCUCUACAUCGGCGGCGGCUGGCACCCGCUGCUGGCCGCCGGCGCCGCAACGCCCGUCGUCCUCAACCACCUGGACAUGGGUGGCGAAUGCCGUCUGGCGGUCAUCACCGGCGGCAACAUGAGCGGCAAGAGCACCCUGCUCAAGCAGGUGGCCAUCACCCAGAUCCUGGCGCAGCUUGGCUCCUUUGUACCAGCCGAGCACGCCGUCCUGCCUAUUGUGGACCAGAUAUUUUGUCGAAGCGGCUGCGAGGAGAAGACGGAACGGCAGGUCUCCUCGUUCCAGGCAGAGAUGUGGGACGUGUCCUGCGUGCUGCAACAGGCCUCCAGGCGCAGCCUGGUGCUGCUGGACGAGCUGGGCCGCGCCACGGCCGCCGAGGAGGGCGCCGCGCUGACCUGGGCCGUCUGCGAGCGCCUGCUGCGCCGCCAGUGCCGCACCCUGGCCGCCACACACUUCCAGCAGUGCUCGCGGAUGGCCGACAUGUACCAUACGGUCCUUAACUUCCACCUGGGCACCUGCGAGGGCGACGAGGUGGAGCCGGGGCCGGCCGGCGACGACGCGGCGGCCAGGGCGCACCGCAUCCACCCGGGCCGCCUGCAGAGGAGCGGCUACGGCCUGGACCUGGCAGCCACCACCAGCCUGCCGACGGCGCUGCAGCCCCCGGUGAGCGCACAACACGACCGCCACCUGCUGCAGACGGUGCUGCAGCUCUUGACGGCGCUGCAGCCUCCGGUGAGCGCACAGGGCGCCACUGUGUCCGACAGCUCCCUGACCGUACUCUUGUGUACGACCCCUAUCCUGGCCGCUGUGCCCGGCAGCCACCUGACGGUUUAG